AUGGGAGACCAGAGACCCAAGUUGGUGCCUUACCAGGCUUACAUCAGGGAAUUGAUGGAACUCUUUGAUGAGAUAUCAUUUCAUCACAUUCCUAGAGAGGAAAACAAGAUGGUCGACGCCCUUGCCACUUUAUCAUCCAUGUUCAAAGUAAUCCCUCACGGAGAUUUGUCGUGCAUCGACAUCAGAUGUCGUGUUGAGCCUGCACACUAUUGUUUGAUAGAAGAAGAAGAGCAUGGUAAAUCUUGGUACUUCGAUAUCAAACGAUACAUUAAGGAUAAGGAAUACCCACUUGAGGCCUUUGACAAUGACAAGAGGACAUUACGGUGGUUGGCAGCCAGUUUCCUCUAG